AGGCGCGCGCGUGUGCUGGGAGACGCGUGUGCUGGGACACGCGUGCCCGCCGUGCCCGGAGCGGUGCCACUGCGGCCCUUGGCACUGCGCGGGGUCGUGUGCCAGGAGCAGCAUCCGCGACUGCCCCCUGCUAACGCUGCCUGCCUUGUUUGGAACAGUGGAGCUCAACGAGGUCGGCUUCAAGUUUGUGAGGAAGUGCAUCAACGCGGUGGAAACGAAAGGGAUCACUACAGAGGGUGUCUACAGAACUGUUGGCAGCAAUAUUCAGGUGCAGAAGUUGCUGAAUGCCUUUUUUGAUCCAAAAUGCCCAGGGGAUGUAGACCUUCAAAGCAGCGACUGGGACAUCAAGACGAUCACCAGCUCGCUGAAGUUCUAUCUCAGGAACCUUUCUGAGCCCGUCAUGACGUACAGACUCCACAAGGAGCUGGUCUCGGCUGCCAAGUCCGAGAACCUGGAUUACAGGCUGGGAGCCAUUCAUGCCCUGGUCUAUAAACUACCUGACAAAAACAGAGAGAUGUUGGAGCUCCUCAUACGACACCUAGUCAACAUAUGUGAGCACAGCCGAGAGAAUCUGAUGUCACCGUCUAACAUGGGCGUAAUAUUUGGACCUACCCUCAUGCGAGCACAGGAGGACACUGUAGCCGCAAUGAUGAACAUCAAGUUCCAAAACAUCGUAGUGGAGAUCCUCAUCGAGCAUUUUGCAAAGAUCUACUCCGGGCCCCCGGAAGACAGCGCUGCCCCACCGGUCCCUCCUCCGAGGGUGACUGCCCGGAGGCACAAGCCCAUCACCAUCUCCAAGCGGCCUCUGCGGGAAAGGCCCGUCUUCUUCGGGGCUUCUGUGGGAGAAAGCGAAGGUGAGUUCAAUGCUCACUGA